CGUGUACUGUGUUUAAGUGAUUGUUGCUCUUUAUUAUUGGAUUUCGUGAUCCACAACUCAGGUUUAGCUACUUGACUUAAUGCACAUAAUGUGAAUUACCGCGAUCCUGCUUCGUGUUUUGGAAAAUUUCAAAACAUACCUAUAAAUGCACAAUAUAAUGCACUUGGUUAUGCUGGAGCUGAUCGAGAGAUAAACAACAAGUGGAAUUUAAUAGCAGUGGUUCUUUUCAACUCUGUGUAAAAUUAUUUCUAAGUUACAAUCAACUGUUAUUUGCACGUUACCCUUUGUUAUUCGAUUCCUCCGGACAAUUAAAAAUGGCAAAACACUGGGGAAGAGACUAUGUGGUCACAGAGCAUCGAGACUUACAGGCAAAUACUAUGGCUGUUGAUCUCACAGGCAGUCGUGUACUUUUGGCUGGACGGAGAUGUUUGGCAAUCAAAAAUUUGGAGGAAGAAUCUGAUGCUUUGAAAAAGUUUCAAAGACAAAGUAAAUAUGAAGUAGGAUCAGCAGAAUGGAAUCCUAACUUAGCCAAUUGUCAUUUGUGUGCAAUAUCUAGUAAUACCAGAGUAGAAGUAUUAAAUUUUAUGGAAGGCAAUAGUUGUGAUUUGCAACAAACACACAGCUUACGCGCUCAUACAAGGGUAGUUAGUGACUUAAAUUGGCAUCCUAAGGAUCCUGACAUUCUGGCAACGUGCAGUAUAGAUACUUACAUUCAUAUUUGGGACCUAAGAGACCAAAGAAAACCAUGUUUAUCUCUAUCAGCCGUGGCUGGUGCAUCUCAAGUUUGCUGGAAUACUUUAUCUCCAAACAUGCUGGCUACUGCCCACGAUGGCGAUGUCAAAAUUUGGGAUCAAAGAAAAGGAAACAGUCCAAUACAGUACAUCGCGGCUCAUUUAACCAAAAUCCAUGGACUAGAUUGGUGUCCUUAUCAGCAAAAUCAGUUGGCUACAUCGAGUCAAGAUUGUACAGUUAAAAUUAUUGAUACCAACAAUCCUCGUAGAGUAGACGGUAUUCUUACUACAAAUUCUCCCGUGUGGAGAGCAAGAUACACACCUUUUGGUGAAGGCUUAGUGACAAUAGUUGUGCCUCAGUUACGAAGAGGUGAAAAUAGUCUAUUAUUAUGGAGCACAUCAAAUUUGUCAGCACCAAUAUAUACUUUUGUGGGACAUACUGAUGUAGUUUUAGAAUUUCAAUGGCGUCAUCCUAAAUUAGAUGCAAAUGACUUUGAACUUAUUACGUGGUCAAAGGACCAGUGCUUAAGAAUAUUCAAAAUUCCUCCAUUAUUGAAAAAGUUAUGUGGACAUGACGAUAUCGACGACAAUAAUAUUGACUUUACCCAGUUCUCAGAGAGCGAUAAUUUAAGAACUUUACAGUCCGAAGAACUCGAACUUCAUCCAUUGAACAACGAGCAUAAAUUAAACUAUCCAUCGAAGAUGGACGUUGUUCCUCUAAAUCACGAAGAAGAUAUUCCAAAACUCGAAACAGAAGCACCUUCUCCAACUCAGCCCAAAACUCUUCAACAAGAAUUUUCUUUAAUCAACAUAAAUAUUCCAAAUAUUGAAGUAAAUUCAAUGGACGCAGUAGAAAGAACUUGUACAGUCACAGCAUCAAAUAAAAAUUACAACGUAGUUUUAAAAGUUAAUUUUCCGGGAAACUAUCCGUGUAGUGCGCAACCCACAUUCCAGUUUUGUUCUGGAACCACUGUAGAUAACGUAAUCAUGACAAAAUGCCUGAAAGUCUUAAAAAACACAGCUCAACAGAGAGUGAAAAAAAACCGAUCCUGUUUAGAACCGUGUUUACGACAAUUGAUCACUACAUUAGAACAGACUUGCCUGAAAGAUGAAACGGAAAAUAACCACUUGGCGUAUCACAUGCAACACAACGAAAACUUUUUGAACUCGAGCAAAAUUUGUUCAAAUUAUCAAGAUUCGUACAUUCCUUUUCCCAGAACAUCAGGGGCUAAAUUUUGCAGCGUAGGAGUUCUGGUAUGUUUCCGUCGUUCUUCGUAUACUCGUAGGACCUCUGUCAAACUCGAAAGUUCGACUCCUCGGGCCCUGUCUGCACUUGGCCAAAACGUCAACAACAAAGGUCAUUUCUUGCAAAUCUACUCUAACUCGUACAUUCAGUCAAGCGAUAAGAUGUAUUUGAGUUCUUUUUAUUAUCAAGAACGAACGUCAAGAAGAGCCACACACGGACAAAACAAGAGCCACCAAAAAUUGUACAAAAACUAUCACUCUUUGGUCACUGUAUACGACGCGUCUUCUCUCUUUUUCGUUAGCAAAGAGUUAGCCGAAAAAUACGUGAUUAACACGACUGACAUUCCGGCGAUGUGUCAGUACAACGCAAACGUAGCGGCAAAUCUUGAGAGACCCGAUCUCGUGCAAGCUUGGAGCUUGGCUGCCUUGGUUGUUUCACAGCAUCUUACAAAUACACACCCAUCUACACAAUCAUCGGACGUAGACGUUCCUUGGUCUUUACAUCCCUUUGGACAAAAGUUGAUUCAUUCCCUAAUACAACAUUACGCUAAUCAAUCUGACAUACAAAUGGCUGGCACAUUGAGCUGCGCUUUUAGUCACAGACUGGACUGUGUGGAUGUGCCUCAAAAUCGUUUUAUCAGUAAAUCAGUCAACGUCAGUCCUGGUAGAUCACCGUAUCACACCAUUCAUCCAGCAGAUACUAGUCUGGAAGGAUGGAAUUUUCCUAAUUUAAAACAAAAUAGAUCGAAUUCUUGGUCAGAAUCAUUGGACGAACUUCAAAUUCAAGAUGCGUGUACUGAAUAUGGGCGCAAUGUAAGAUUGUUGGACAAUAAAAAUACCGCCUUAUACGAUUCAUAUAAAAAAGCUUAUGCCGAAGUCUUGUACCGAUGGAGACUGCUCGAUGCACGUGCUCAAGUUUUAAAGCAUGUCAGCGCAACAUCAUGCGAUUCGCACAGAAGCGUAGAACUCUAUAGUGAUUGUAGAGUGUGCAAUAAAUCAAGUAAAGGACCACAAUGUUCUAUUUGUAAGCGAUUGACUUUCCAGUGCGUCAUAUGCCAUAUUUCUGUUAGAGGUCCUAGCAAUUUUUGUACUGUAUGUGGACAUGGUGGCCAUACUAGCCACUUGGCAGCAUGGUUUAAAAAUGAAAUCCUUUGUCCAACAGGAUGUGGGUGUUACUGCCUUCGUGAAAACAGUCUUUUAAAAGUGUAAUUAAGAGUAUUUAAUAUUUUUGGAAGCUUUAGAGUUUAAUUUUAUAAAAAAAUACAUACCUGAUGUUCAAACCAAAGGGUCCAUCCACAGAAAUACUUAAAUAUUCAGAUUGAGAUGGGGUAAGUUUUGUCAAUUUCACACCCAAAUGAUCAAGAUGCAAAGCCG